GGAGCACAAAGUUUGUCCCCUCUGAUUAAUAGCUGUCCCCCUGGCGGGUGCGUCUUCGUUGUGCAUGAAAGCACCCAGGGGGCACCGCUUUUGGCAGAGCAAAAGCAACUUCAGCAAAGAAAGCCGUCAAGUGUUGAUCCUAAGAAGAAGCUGAGAGCUGGAGCUGAAAGCAAUUGCUGACUGUAGCGUCAGUCGCGGCCUGCUUCGAACCUGCCCCGCCCAAUAUAUCUGAUCCAUAGGGGGGGUUACAAUUUUUGGGCAAAAUGCAUCCAGCAGUCCCCAGCACAACUUAGGGAUAGAAUCCGGGCAGGCCCGCUGAGUCGCAUUCAGCUUGAAGAGAUGGCGGGCGCCUAUCUGUACAGCUCUAUCCAGAGGGACUUCACGCCGGUGGUGAUGGUCCUGUCCACUGACAAGGCGGAGGCGACGUGCCAGCGCAACGGGCUCAGCUUUGUGGACUUGAUCCGCCCUUUCAGCGUCCUCCAGCAGAUCAAUGUCCCAGUGCGCACCGCCAGCGAACAGCCAUACCGCAUCCAAGACUUUCAGCUGCGCAUCUUCCAUGCCUCAGAAAUCAGGCAGCCCAGCGCUGAUGCGGCAGAGGAGUACCUCGCCCAGAUCGUGUCGUCCUCGAGCGAGGCCGCCGCGGCAGAGUUGAAAGGGGACCCCAAGGAUCUGAACACCGUUCUCUCCAUGGCCAACAGCGACCCCCCCGGGCACUGGUACCGGCGCUACUUCCGCGAGCUCGCGCGCGCGCUCGCGUUUUCGGAGCAUGAGGCGGUGGACCACCCGGUCGCGUGCCUGCUGGUCGUCCCGUCCUCCGCGGAAGACCCGAUCAACACGUUCGUGGACUUAUACAACACGGAGCAGCUGCCGCCGCUCUUCAACGAGCAGCUCAUGGACCCCAAGAUCGUGAAGCAUUUCGUGCUGCUGCAUGACGGCCAGACGGGGGACCUCGCCAGGGCGGAAACGAUCCUGGCCUCGAUGCGCGGCACAUUCGGCGCCGACGCCUGCCGACUGCUCCAGAUCAACACCGGCCGGUGGCCCGGCACUCCCCCUCCCCCCGACGUCUGGUCGGCGCACCGGCUGCCCCGCAUCGGAGCCCCCCCAAAACAAAACCCCCCCGGCAAAACCGGGCCCCCGAAAGAGCAGCCGCUGGGGGGGGAACUGUCGAAUGAAGACAUAGGGGGGUUGCGGGAUUUUGUUGCCGAUCUGGCGGUGAAGCAGAUCAUCCCGCAGAUGGAGCAGAAGAUACGCGCGCUCAACCACACGGUGAGCGCGACGCGCAAGGGCCUGAAGAACCAGCUGAAGAACUUUUGGUUCAGCGGCGUCAAGCGUCAAGACAGCCUGGAGGUGAGCCGCACGGAGGACGGGCAGUACCCGCACACCAGCACCGAGGCGCAGAUCCGGCUUCUCGGCGACCUGGCAUUCAUGCUGCGAGACUACGAGCUCGCCCUCUCAAACUACCGACUGCUGGCCGGCGAUUUCCGGGGGGACAAGGCGUGGAAGCACCUCGCGGGCACGCUGGAAAUGACGGGCCUGUGCAUGUUCAUGCUGAACCAAGCCCCCCGCGAGGCCGAGUCGUCCCUCGAGGGCGCCUACCAGGCGUACAUCCGGAGCGGCACAGGGGGGCUGCGUUUCGCCACCCGGGCGGUCUACUGGCUCGGCGAGAUCUACAAAGCCCGGGGGAUGUUCCGAGAGGCGGCGGCGGUGCUCGUGAGGACGUCGCAGGAGGAGCAGAACCUGCGCGCUGCGAUGCUUCUGGAGCAGUCGGCGCUGUGCUACCUGCGGAGCGCCCCCCCCAUGUGGCGCAAGUUCGGGUUCAACAUGGUGCUCGCGGGGCACCGAUACAACCAGGGCCUGCAGCGCGCGCACGCCCAGCGCGCCUACCAGUGUGUUCUCGGCGUCUACGAGGGCCGCGGCUGGGCCUACAUCAGCGACCACGUGCACUUUGCGCUGGGGCGCAUCAGCGCGCACCUCAACGACUUCCACGCCGCGGCCGCCUACUUUUCUCAUCUGCUCACGUGCGCGCACCAGUCGCCUGCAGCGCAGGCCACCUUCCUGCGCGAGUUCCUCUACGUGGUGCAGGCUGUGGACUUGGGCGUCCCGCUGAGCUUAGACUUGCCCACUGUACAUAUCGACAGCUACCGGGUGCACUUCGAGGACCACCGGACCUACUCCUCCCAAGCAGCGGCGGAGGUUCCGGAGCGUGUCUGGACGUCUUUGGAGGAGGGCCUGGUUCCGACGACCAACGUUGUGAUGCAGACGUGGAUGGACCGGCCCGCCAGGGGCGCGCACAAGGACACGCCCGUGCCCACAAACACGUGCUGCGUAGACGAGGACAUCACGGUCGACGUCGAGUUCAGCAACCCGCUGCAGCUGGAGUUGAACAUCUCGUGCGCGCGCCUUGUGUGCGAGUGGGGCCCUGACAGCGGGGCGAAGAACGCGCCCAUCCCCCGGACGUCCAGCGUGCCUGCCAUGGACGAUCGCACCAGCGACAGCGGCGGCUCUUCUCCCGCAGACGCCGUUCCCCCUCCCCUGAACCGCCACCGUGGCCACGACCCCCGCGUCUCGUCCACGGGAUCCCUCUUCAACCACGACGGCCUGCUGACGUCACCCGACGCCCCCGCGCGCCGUCCCGAGGACCUCCAGACCCGUGAUGACGUGGCAGUGGGCACCCGGGACGCUUCCCUGGAAGACGGCGAUGCCGACGAGGACGAUUCGGUCGCGCCCGGGGAAGCCUACCGGGUGGUCGAAGAAGUUUUUACGCUGCGGGGGGGGGAGAGGACUGUCGUACGGAUGACGGUUCGGCCGCUGCGGGGGGGGGUGUUGAGAGUCGUCGGCGUGGAGUGGGUGCUGAAUAACAUCGCCCAGGGGAGGAAGGACUUCCCGGUCCGAGUGCCAAAGAAGAAGCGGAAGGGGGGCCGGCCGGAUAAGGAGUACCCGCCGCACACGCGGCUCGGGUUCAAGGUCAUCGGGAAGAUGCCGAAGCUGCAGGUGACGAUGCACCAGCUGCCGGAGACGCUGCACCACGGCGAGCUGCGGCGGCUGGUCCUGGAGCUGUCCAACGCUGGGACGGUCCCCCUGGAAAAGCUGAAGCUGCGCACGAGCCACCCCGCCUUCUUCUGCAUGGGCCUCCAGGGCGACCUCGAGGGGGAGUUCCCUGCCUGCCUCGAGGAGGGGGGGGCGAGGCCCACGCCGGGCCCGGAUGCCGGAACGAGCCGGACCAACUACACGUUUGUGUUUCCGCAGACCACCGUCCUCGAGGGAGGCUCCACUCUCCUGUGGCCCCUCUGGCUGCACGCGCGUGACGUAGGCACCCUCCAGUUCCACACCCUUCUCUACUACGAGCCGGGCCCCCCCGGCCCGGUCAUGAAGUACCGCACCGCGCGUGUCACCAGCAGCAUCCACGUGGCACCCUCCCUGGCCGUCGGGGUGAAGCUGACGCUCAGCCCCGCGCGGUUGGACCGACACCUGCUCUGGCUCGACGUCGAGAACAAGCAUGCGCAGGAAACAUUCACGCUGCGCCAGGUGUCAUGCGCCGGGGCCCACUGGCGCCUCUCCCCCCUCCAAUCCCCGGGGGGCUCUCGCCUGGCCACUCUCGCCCCCUCCCAGGCAACGUCCCUCCUUUUCCACAUCGAAGCGUCCGCAGAAAGCCGGUCACCGGGCGAGCCGUCCGGGAAAAGUGCGUCGGAAGACGGGCAGUUCAAGAGCACGGUGCGGUUGGACAGCGCCGAGACUGGGGGCGCGAUCGACGUGUCUUCGGGGCCGUUGCUGAGGUUUCACGCCAGAGAGCGGUGGCUGCAGAGCGACACAGCGGCGGUGGGGUCGAAGCCGCAGCCUCGCCGCAGCAGUGUGGAUCCUCCGGGGCCCGUCCCCGAGUCGUCACCCCUCGAUGUCAUCCUGGUGUGGGAGCAGCAGGAGCGGCGCAAGAGCAUCUCAGCCGUCGAGGACCCCGCCAGGAUUGGCUCCUUCCACAUCUGCCACCAAAGUCUCAAGGGCCUGUCCCCCGUGCGAUGGCUCCUCACGGGACCUCCCUCCCCCGUGCUCGCCUCCUUCGCCUCAUCUCCGCUCGUGGAGAUCCCCCUCUCCCUCCGCGUCCGAAACUGCGCCCCGGCCCUCGCCACCGUCCGAAUCGAGGUCCUCGACCCGUCGUCCGAACCGUCAAAAUCGGACCCGGGGGGCUGGUUCUGCCCCCCAAUUCUUCCCUCGCCCUCGAGCACUGGUGACGUGGUCAGCACACUUGGCGCCUCGGGCUCGCCAGCGGCCGGGGGGGAUCCCCCAACCGAAGACCAGCCUUGCGGGACCACCCCCUGCCCGCCGUACAUCUGGUCGGGAACCACUUCCCGAGUGGUGGAAGACUUGCGGCCGGGGGACGAGGCCGCCGUGUCGCUGAGCGCCGCGGUGUUUGCGCCCGGGGUGUAUGACGUGACCAAGUACCGGGUGAGUUGGACGCUGAAGCCGUUGCCGCCCACCACUGAGGAGGUGACACCUGGCGCGGACGCGGCGCGGCCGUCGGGCCUGCCACCCCGGCCGAAAAGCGCGACGCCGGCUGCGAAAGCGCAGAGUAGCGCCUCAGGGACCCAAGCGAGGGGCGGUGCCGAUAGAUGGGGAGCUGAUGCCGGCCAAAAUUUAGGGGCCGGGAGUUUGGGCGGGUUUGAGAAAGAGGGCAGCGGAUUGGGACAGACUUGGUUGCUUGUCGUGAAAGAAGACAGCAGUGCUUCCCAGCCACCUGAACUUAGCCGUCAGCAAACGCCUGUCUCAAGUCCCGAGAACCUUCUGGAUAUUUGAGGAGGCGUUCUCGAACAGAUUGUUGUCGAAAAGAGGCUCGUAUUGCCAAUCAAUGCUUCACAGGGCGUCGAUUCUGAAGGUGCUUCACCAACUGCAGAUCAUCA